CUGUCUUAACGUUCCUAUUGAGUUUGCAUGUACUUACGAUCGAUAUCCAAUCAUACGCAUAUCGCAUUCAAGUAUCGUCCUGUGAAAAGGCUCCAAGGAACAAUAGAAAUAUAAAUAGAAAAGAAAUCAACCAAUAUAGCAUAUAGCUAAAUAUAAGAAUCAGAUUAAAAAUGGAAUCGAACGAUGAUUUCUAUACCAUUGAGUGGGCGAAAGAGUCACACUUACCCAAGGUAUUAUCGUUUCUACAUGAAAAUUUUGAUAAAGAAGAGACUAUGUUGAAAAGUCUGCGAGACAAUAACCCACUAACAAGAGUAACAAGAACAAGGGAGGAGGUGGAAUCGAUGUGGAUCGACCAUGAACGAUUGAUACGGGCGAUCUUCUCUUUUUCGCCUUGUUUGAUGGCUUUAGAAAAAUCGACCGAAAAUAUAAUUGGCGUGAAUCUAAUGAUCGUCAGUAGAAACUCAACGUUCGACAACAAUGUUGACGGAGUUUCCGCUGCGUUUGCCGCCAAUCCACCCCUAACGAAAUUAAUGAAACAGUAUUUCGAUUAUUUGUCCGAGAUCAGCGAGACAGCUGAUUUGUACGGAAAGUUUCCAAAUUCAAAAGCCGCCGUAGAAUUUUACGCGGUUGCUGUUGAGAAAAAUUAUCGAAGAAGGGGCCUCUCAAAGGCACUAAUGACCAAAGGAAUAUCAUUUGCGAAACAUAAUCUAAAGGAUGUUGGAUUCGUGUUCGGGGUAUACACGUCCGUGUACUCGAAAAAGUCGGCUGAAAAACUGGGAUUGAAAAGCGUCAUGGACGUCGAUCUUCUGAUAUAUAAAGAUCCUGAAGGACGAGCCAUUUUUCAGGACACACCACCGCACAAUAUUGUUUCCGUUAUGGUGUUACAGAUUUAGAAAGCGAUCAUUUUACGAUAGAUCUUGCAUGUCGUCUUUCAGGCUUCAAUUCGUUUAUUCAUACAGUAUUAACAAUAUAUCUGUAUAUAUUUUUCUACGUAUUACAGUAUUCCCGCUAUAGCGUUAAAUAGAAAUUUUCGUGUAUCUAAAAGUAAUAUAUUUAUGAAUCUUUUUUUGUUUUUUUUUUAACUAUCGUUAAUUUCGAUUGAACUUUGUUUUAAAAGGUUCUAGACCAAUUGCUUCUAGUUAUGUAUUAUGUAUCGUUUGUUUUUC